UCCUUGUGAGAUCUCUUUCCUUGUCCCUUGGUCUCCUCCAGUGGAGUAUUUUACGGGAAAUUUUACUGCCCAAAGGAAACGGAUACAGACGGAAGCAACCAGCUCAAUCUUGCAUCUCCGUCGGCCGAUAUGCGAUCGCCCGGCGAACUAGGCGCGCGGCGCGACGCGGCCAAGCAACUCAAGGUGCUGAUGCCUUCUUGCUUCCACAGGCUGAGCAUCUCCGACGAGCUCGCUGGGCACUUGUUGGAUGCCGGAAAUGGAGGAGACGACACAGCCCUGCCGAUGGCCCUCGUCGUCAACUCGUUCGGCAAGGUCUGGCAGGUGGAGGUCGGCCGGGACGGCGGCGGCGCGUUCCUGGGACCCGGGUGGCCGGAGUUCGUGGCCGCGAACGGCUUCGGCGUCGGGUGGUUCUUGGUGCUCCGGCACGAAGGGCGUGGUGUGCUCACCGUCAAGGCGUUCGACCUCACGUGCUGCCUCAACGAGUCCCGCGAUCUUCAGCCUUCUACAGCAACAAGAAGCAACAGAUAUGGUUCACAUAAGCCGCAGUUCAUCAAGGUUCUCCUGCCGGAUUUCACCGAGAAGAUGCUGAUCCCUCCAGCUUUUGUACAACGCUAUGUCUCCGAGGCGCAACAAAGUAGCAAAAUGGCUAUCAUUGCUAGCCAGUUUGGAAAAUUUUGGCCCAUCGAGGUCAACAAUGACGGAUCAGGAAUGUUCCUUGCUGGUGGCUGGUCACAGUUCCUGGCUUUUCAUGGCAUCUCGGAAGGUGACGUCAUGCUCUUGAGAUAUGAAGGCAACAUGGUGUUCAAAAUCAAAGUAUUCGGGCUAAACGGAUGCCAGAAGGAUUUGAAAGGCCGGGCCACAGGAACUCAACAAAAUACUGAGAGGCAAAAAGAAGCACAUUUGUGUAGGGAGCAUGAGAGGUCAAGUGGUAAAGAAGACACAAGACCAAAAGGUUCGCUAAGUUCUUCCAACAAAGGAUCACGGAAGAAAAGGAGAUUUUGUAGCCUUGAGAAUGGAGAGCGGCCUUCGAUAAAGAAAGAGAUGAGCACCUACUCGGUUAAAAAGUUCGUGUCUUUGGCAACCACCUUCUGCGACUUGAUCGGGCUCGUCGGAGAAUGCACGAUCACGCUCAAGACCUCGAUGAAGAGCACCAAGUGCUGGCAGGUGGGUGCUCGCAGGUACAAGAACUACGGCUACCUGGGUGGAAAAAGAUGGAAGAGCUUCUGCAUGGAGAACAAGAUCAGGGAAGGCGACGUGUGCACCUUUCACAUCGUCGAAGCCGCUCUGUGGCAUGUCGUCAUCACACACAACUCGGAUAGAAUCGGAUAGUCCAUUAGUUCAUCUGUAUUUCUGGCCUUACUCGGGAUGUCCAUUUACUCUGCUGUUGGAAGCACUGGAUAUUGCUGUGAGUGGAGUAGUACUUCAGUUAGAGGCCAUUUUGUUACCCCUUCAGGUUUGGUAAGACGAAUUCUUGGAAGUGUCUCUAGUCGCUUGCCAGUGAACCUGCAAUUAUCCCAGGAGAAACCUACAACUGACUUGAUGGUUACCUAAGUUUGACAUGACAAACUUUUAUUUUGCAUUAUCAUGGAAAAUCAGAGGCUGCCUUCCCAUGCCA